AGUACUUUUCAUAUGUAUGACCUCGUUACUAAUGCUGACACAACCCUAUGAGACCAAUGUAAUGUGCUCAUGGUGUAACUUCUAUUAACAGUAGACUACUUCUCGGUGUGGUCGGACAAACAGGACAGUAAACGGGACACUUAAAGCACCAUGAGCACCAUGUUUGCUGAUACUAUUCUCAUCGUGUUCAUCUCCGUUUGCACAGCCUUGUUAGCCGAAGGAAUUACCUGGGUUUUAGUGUAUCGUACUGAAAAGUACAAGAGGUUAAAGGCUGAAGUGGAAAAACAAAGCAAAAAACUUGAGAAGAAAAAGGAAACCAUCACAGAAUCUGCAGGACGUCAGCAGAAAAAGAAAAUUGAGAGACAAGAAGAGAAGCUGAAGAACAACAACAGAGACUUGUCUAUGGUUCGCAUGAAGUCCAUGUUCGCCAUAGGCUUCUGCUUUACAGCUCUGAUGGGCAUGUUCAACUCCAUCUUUGAUGGAAGAGUUGUGGCCAAGUUGCCGUUCACACCGCUCUCUUACAUCCAGGGACUGUCGCAUCGCAACCUGCUGGGAGAGGAUUACACUGACUGCUCCUUUAUAUUCCUCUACAUCCUCUGCACCAUGUCCAUCAGACAGAACAUUCAGAAGAUGCUCGGUCUCGCGCCUUCCAGAGCUGCAACUAAACAGGCCGGAGGCUUCCUGGGACCUCCACCCCAAGCAGCCAAGUUUUCCUAACCAUCAGACGGGUCUCACAGUGCUGUUCCUGCAGUCAUGCCUCCCUCAUCUGAGCACAGAGCACGGAACAAACAUAUUCUGUUGCAGCUACUGUACUACUGUGUACCUUCUGUUAGAUUUUUCAUUCAUAUUCUGUUUAUUUAACUUUAACAUUGUCUUACUUAGAAAUUAGAGGAAGAAAAUGAGUUCUUAAUGACAUUAAUUACAAAGGAUACAAAAGUCUACCUUGUAUUCAGCACAUGCCAUACAUUGUUAUGAGAUUUUAAUGAAUAAUUGGCACAGUAAACUCUGAUCCAUUAAUCAGUAUUAUUGUAUGUCAUUAUCUGUAUCCUAAUUUCUUACAUAUAAAUAAAGUUUUACUCUUUA